UUGUGCCAGCCCUAAAUGGGGGUGGAGUUUGGCUUUUAUAAACCCAGUCAGACUCAGGUCCCACUCAAUACAUCUCUGUCUUACACUGAACAUAAUCAAGGUGUGAACAUGUGCCUGAGGAUGAACUCCUGCCCGGCCUACUCACCCACUGACUCCGGAUCAGAGCAGAACUACAAACGAAGCAGGUCCUGUAGCAGCUCAAUCGACAUCAACAGCAGAAUAGCAUGUGCAAUGGAUCUGGUGAAGACUCAUAUGCUGAGUGCGGUGCGAGAAGAAGUGGAAUCUCUGAAAGAGACGAUUAAAAAUCUGACCGAGAGAAACAUGAAGCUGGAGAGAGACAACUAUCUGCUGAAAUCCCUGUUUAAAUAUCAAACAGCACUGGCAUUGGGUCAGAUCAUCAACCACCAAACAGUGCUGACAUCUGGACAGAUCUGUGGACAGUUCACCAACCACCAGCCAGCACUGGGCUCUGGACAGGUCCCCAACCACCAACCAGCACUUGGCUCCGGACAGAUCCCUAGCCACCAACCAACAUUGGGCUCUGGGCAGAUCCCCAACAAUCAACCUGCACUGGGCUCUGGACAGAUCCCCAGCCACCAACCUGCACUGGGCUCUGGACAGAUCACCAACCACCAACCAGUGCUGGGCUUUGGACAGAUUCCCAAACACCAACCAGCACUGGGACAGAUCUCCAACCAUAAUCCAGCACUGACCUCUGGACAGAUGGACAAACACUACUUACCACUAACCUCAGUGCAGACCCCCAGCAACCAAACAGCACUGAGAUCAAAUCCUCAGCGAUCAGAAAAUGUAAUCUGCAGAAGUCUUGACUACCAGAAUAAUGGGUGUUUUUCUGUAAACACACAACUGUAUCUGAAUGCAACAUAUAAGCAGGAUGUCAGAUGUGUGUAGUGGUUGCUCUGACAGUGUUAAGUUGCUCAGUCCAACAGUGUAAAAUAAAAACGAUAAUCUCAGUGUUCAUCUUAUACACAAUCAGUACUGAUCCGUUUACCAUGUGACUUGAUUGUAAUGUUUUGUCGUGUUUUGCAGUGUUAGAGUCCGUGUACAGGAAUGUUCACUAUAUACAUGUUACUACUAAUUUACAUGUUCCUAUUAUUUAAAAGCUUUGUAUUUGUAUUAAUUGUAAUAGGUUGUGUUUGUUUUACAUGUAUUAUGUAUUUGAGCUUUGUUAGUAUACAUAUUAUAUGCACUACUGUGAGUUACUCUGUUACUGUACAGUAUAAACAGUACUUUACGUGAAAUGUUAAUAAAUAAUUCAAACCCA